AUGCCUACCUUCUUCCCAGGUUUCAUAUCCCAAUCCAUCCCCUCCUCCGAAGGAAUUUCAAUCCACACACUCACCGGACCAAUAACCGGUCCUCCACUCCUCCUCAUCCAUGGAUUUCCUCAAACACAUCAUAUAUGGCAUUUCGUCACCCCACACCUCGUUGAUAAAUAUACAAUCGUAUUAGUCGAUUUACGAGGCUAUGGUUUGAGUUCUAAACCACGUGCUAGUGCGGAUGGGGGACAUGUGGAAUAUAGUAAGAGUGUUAUGGGCGAAGAUUGUCUCGCCGUAAUGAAAACUCUCGGCUACCCACAAUUCUCCAUCCUAGCCCACGACCGCGGCGCACGAGUCGGACAUCAACUAGCCAUUAACCAUCCAGAAGCCAUUACCAAACUCAUGGUACUUGAUAUUCUGCCCACAUUAACCAUGUACGAAUUAGGAAAACAAACCUGGUACCAAAAAUACUGGCACUGGCAAUUUCUAUCUCAGGCCUCUCCAUUUCCCGAAUCCGCUAUCUUAUCCGAUCCUUCUCUAUUCGCCGAAAAGUUCCUCGGGGUAGCGGGUGUGGGUGGAAAGGACGUGGUAUUUCAUGAGGAUGUAAAGAGCAUUUAUGAGGAUAUGCUGAGAGAUGAGGAGACGGUGCAUGGAAUGUGUGAGGAUUAUAGAGCGGGGAGCUCGAUUGAUUUGGAGGAGCAGAGGAGGGAUAGGAGGGCGGGGAGGAAAAUUCGGUGUGAGGUUUUUGUGGUGUGGGGUGGGAAGGGAGCUGUGGAAAUUGAGUUUGAGGAUGUGCUGGGGCUUUGGGGGGAGGUUUGUGCGGGGGGUGUAGAGGGGUGUAGUGUGGAUGGGGGGCAUUAUGUUCCGGAGGAGUGUCAUGGGGAGUUGGUGGAGUUGGUUAGAGGUUUUUUUUAG